AGCCCCCUGCGACCUCUCUACCACCUACUCCACCUCCCUCUCUCGACCUUCCCCUCGCGCACAUGUGCGCGCGAUAAUCCACCACACCGGUGAAGCAACCACCGGAUCCAGCGGCUCCUCUCGAAUGCGCCGGCCGCUCCACCGCAACGACACUUCUCCCCCCUUCUAUGAGACUCCAACGAGCUCCACCAAGCACCCGCUCUUCUUCUUCGAACAAUGACGUGCCAUACAACCCCCAUCGACCUGUGAUACGCUACCCGAUGCCUAAAACUACGCUACGUUCUACGCGCGAAUGUAGACACCUAGUCGAAGACUAGAUCAGACUGGACGGCUUUCGAUCGUCGCACUGAAGGACUGUUCCCGAAGGAACAAUUUGGACGACCGGAACCUGGCGCUUUAAGCGGACUUCACGAUACGACGAGACAAGAGAACUGAAAAACGGCGCCGGAGAAUGUCGACGUGCACCGACGAGGCCGACAACGCACCCCUGCACAUGCAGGAGGCUCUGUCUCCGGUGCAGGAGACACCAGUCUCGCCGGCGUCCUCUUCUCUGAGCAACCAAAAUCAAAACGAGAGCGAGCAAGUGCUGCUGGCGACCAUGCAGCCGGUGAACGUGCUCGACCUGCACGAACCGCCAACCGUGCACACGCUCCACCCCAAGUACCACCAUCACCAUCACCGCCACCAUCACCAUCACCACCAGCAUCAUCACCAUCAGCAACAGCAGCAAUCGCACAUUCAGCCAGGUGACUCGGACGAUGUUCAGCAACGCGCCGCGGCCGCAGACGACCCUGACGGCCGAGUGACGCCGGGCGCCGAGGCGGCCGCCGCCGGCGGUGCGGCUCUCGGCGUCGGCGAGCACAAGAUGAUCGAUCUCAUCUACAAUGACGGCCAGAAGACGGUCAUGUACACCCACGACAAGGAGAUCAUCUACGAGAACGAGGCGGACCGCGUGCAGGUAGUCGAGUACCCGCCGCCGCCGCCAUCGCCGCCGUCGCCGUCGCCGCCGACGGCCAGCGCAGUCGCGAGGACGGCCGGCCUACUGCCGCCGACCUGCGUGACGCCACGCACCGCCUCAGCCGCCGCGACCGCCCUGCAUCUUCACCACUACCCGCAGCUGCAGCUGCAACACGAGGACGACCUGCCGCCGACGGUGCGCCACGCCGUGAGCGUGCCCAAUUGCGCCGCCGCGACCACCACGACGACCGUCCUCGUGCUGUCGGAGCUGGUCGCAGCCGAUCCGGCCGCCGCCGGUGCGGCCGCAGCUGCACAGCAACUGACGCUCACCGCCGCCGCCGCCGCAGCCUCGCUUCGUGCCGGGCGACGCAGUCGCGGCGAGGAGGACACCAACGGCACCGUCGUCAGCGACGACGCGCAGCAGCAGCAACAGCAGCAACAGGGCUACGUAUCCAGGCAGCGUGAACCGGAGGACGAGGAGGAGCUGGGGGCGGAGGAGGCGGCGGCGCAGUCCCUGCAGAGCGGCGCCGAGGGCGCCGAUCCGGAAGUCCACAAGAGGGUAGCCGCGGUGCAGGUGCAGGUGCAGGGUAUGGAGGGUGACUGGCGCGCCUACUGCGAGCACCCGCUCUCGGUGGCGACCGCGGCCAUGCUGAAUCUUCAGCCGCAGCACCAGGUGUCGGCGGUAGCCAGCCACGGCGACGACCCUGCCGCGUCCUACGUCUACGAGUACUACAAAUUGCCUGAGAAAACGACGGCGGACGUCAAGCUGCCGCCCACGCACGAGCUCUGGUCCACGGGUGUGAUGAGCCAGAAGCUGCUGGUGCAGGAGGCGCCUGGCUCCGGUUCCGCCUCGACGAAUCGCAUGGAAGGCGGUGAAGGCGCCGGAGGAGGGGAGCUACACCACUUCCUCCACCAGUACAACCAGCAGUCCCACAGUCCCGGGCAGAGCCUGCAGGGUGGCCUUCCGCUUCCGUUGAGUCCGCAGUCCCUGCGACACGACGGUGCCUCGAGCGCCGGCAUCGUCGGGGUCAAGCGGGAGCCAGAAGACCUCAGCUCGUCGCGCGGAGGCCAGCAAUCCAGCAAACGACACAAACAACAGGCACAACCGGACAGUCCCACACCGCCGGGGAUGUACCACCAUCAUCAGCAUCAGCUACAGGUGCAGCAGUACGGCAGCCCUUACGACCCCUACACGUCCUGCAGUCCGCGCCUGCAGUCGACCGCCUACACAUCCACGUCGGCGACCGGAACAGGGAAUGCGGGGGCGAACCAGGGCGGCGGGCUCGGCGGUCACCAGGAGGCGACGACGGUCUACGUUGCCGGAGAGGCGCUACCACCGCUCGCCUCGUCGAGCUCCACCUCCUCAUUGUCGACCACGACCGCUUCGUACACGAGGUACGAGGUUGUGCCGAGCUCAUACGCUACGACACACGCGAUACGCUCGACGUCGAGCAGCAGCAAAGUCCUGACCGUUGAUCUUCCCAGCCCUGACUCCGGCAUCGGCGCGGACGCGGUCACGCCCAGGCAAGACCAUCAUCCGCCCACGGCGCUUCAUCAGUCCUCAUUCGAUUACACGGAGUUGUGUCCCGGCGGGACAACAGCUGGAGCGGCGGUGGUCCUCGAGACCGGCGCCGUGAUACACCAUCAACCCCUGCAGUUGCAGCUGCAGCAGAGCCACGCACAGGCACAGGUGCAACGCAGCAAUCUCGUGACUGCAGGUGCAACAAAUCCGAACCCGAAUCCGAAUCCGCCGAGAUCGCGGCCUUGGCAUGAUUUCGGCAGACAGAACGACGCCGACAAGAUCCAAAUACCGAAAAUUUUCUCGGCCUACGGAUUUAAGUAUCACCUGGAAUCGCCCAUCAGCACGUCGCAGCGUCGCGAGGACGACAGAAUAACGUACAUCAACAAGGGCCAAUUCUAUGGAAUCACGUUGGACUAUGUGCCGGAUCCUGACAAGCCGCUACUCAAGGCAGGUCAGACAGUCAAGAGCGUGGUGAUGCUGAUGUUUCGGGAGGAGAAGAGCCCGGAGGACGAGAUCAAGGCUUGGCAGUUUUGGCACGGCAGGCAGCAUUCCGUUAAGCAACGGAUUCUCGAUGCUGACACAAAGAACAGCGUCGGCCUGGUGGGCUGCAUAGAGGAAGUCGCGCACAAUGCGAUUGCCGUUUACUGGAACCCACUCGAAUCGUCGGCGAAGAUAAACGUCGCGGUGCAGUGUCUCAGUACCGAUUUCUCGAGUCAGAAAGGCGUGAAGGGUCUGCCGCUGCACGUUCAGGUCGACACGUACGAGGAACCGCCACCCCCCACGCACACAUACACGCCACCGUCUCACCGGGGCUACUGUCAAAUUAAGGUCUUCUGCGAUAAGGGGGCAGAGAGGAAGACUCGGGACGAGGAGAGGCGCGCGGCCAAGAGGAAGAUGACGGCAACCGGCAGGAAAAAGCUCGACGAGCUUUAUCACUCCGUCACGGAGCGCAGCGAGUUUUACUCGAUGGUCGAUCUGCACAAACCGCCGGUGCUGUUCUCGCCGCCGGCCGAGCACGCCAUCGACAAGUUCUCGACGAUGGAGUUGUCGGGCUUCUACGGUGGUGGCGGCGGCGGGGGCGGGGGUGACACCGACACCUCGUCUCUCAGUAACGGUGAAGGUGGAGGAUUGAAGGCAGGGGGCAGCAGCCCGUAUCCGGCGGCAUGCGGCCGGCCGAGCCUGCCGGCCCUCAAGUUCCACAACCACUUUCCGCCCGACAAUCUCAGUAGCCUGCACGACAAGAAGGACUCGUUGCUGAUGCAGGUGCAGGAACUGCAGGGCUCGGUGCUGCAGGGAGUGCAACAGGCCGGGCUGACGGGCGCGGUGGUGUCCAGCGUCGGCAAUCGGCUGCACCUGCAGCAACAGCCGCCGCAUCUGCGCCCGGCGGAUGGCGGCGACGAGCGCGUGAUGCUGUACGUACGUCAGGAGUCCGAGGACGUCUACACGCCGCUGCACGUUACGCCACCGACGGUCCAGGGGCUGCUCAAUGCUAUUGAGUCAAAGUACAAAAUUGCAUCCUCGAGUAUUAAUAAUCUCUAUCGCAAAAACACAAAGGGAAUUACAGCGAAAAUUGACGACGAGAUGAUCCGAUAUUACGUCGACGAGGACCUGUUCCUGCUGGAGGUGAGCCACUCGCGGAUCAACCCGGCGGACCCGAGCGCCGAUCGCAACCCGAACAACCCGGGCUCGCCGGGUGACCCCGGUGACCCCGGCGAUCCACCUACCACGGCCGGAUACGACGUCACCCUGAUCGAGCUGCCGUCGUCGCCGCCGCAUCUGCCGCACUCACCCCUCGCCAAUUCUACGCACUCGCACGCGCAUGUGCACGACAACGGCAACACGUGAACGCGACCGAGUGUGAGAGAGAGGAAUCCGCUUCACCGUGUAAAUACGCCGCGCGCGAAUCAGGGCGAUCAUCGACGGGAACUGGUCACCCGGGUGAACAAAGGAUCAGCGAGCAACCAAGGCGUCGAGUAAGGACAAUCGCUAAAAGGCACACUCAUCGAAUUGUUUGCGCCGCGUCGAAGAAAAUUCUUGUCAGUUUCGCCGGCGCAGGAGCUUGCAGGAACAUUCAUCAUCGAGGGAAGAGUACGGACGGCAGUGGACUAAUCAGCUUUCAGCGAAGACUCAAGAGGAAUCAGAAGAACAUCAGGGAACACUAGAUUGCCGACGUGAUGGAGACUCGAACGUUGCGUUACUUUAGCGUGGACUCCGGCAGUGGAAUUGUACUGUGCUUAACUUGUAAAGGAAAGUCGAGACGCUGCCUCGUAACAGCGCUCGAUGGCUAUCGAUUUGUUAGAUUAUUGAUGGAACGUUUCGCUAAUUAUCAUUACGAAAAUGUCGUCUACAUAAGGCUUUAUAAACGGUCUUUCGCUCACAAAUGUACGGGCUUCGCCUUGACUGGGGCAAGUCGAAUGUGCAACAAUGUACACGUAUGUCGCUGGCCGUACGGAAGUAGGAAAGCAAAGAAAGCGACUCGUUAUUGCUAUUAUAUUACUUGUUGUUUUCGUCACGUGAACGAUUUAUGUCGACAGUUGUUAACUUAGGACGCCGCGAAGCGUCGCGCCGCAAAACAGCGCGAGCACCAUGUAAAUCAAUCAAAAAUUGAUUUAAGGAUCCUGGGAUGUAUGUUAGAUUUAUAGAAGUAUAUGUGAACGUGUGUGUGUGUGUGUGUGUAUAUAUAUAUACACGUAUAUAUAUAUAUACAUACAUACCACUCUCUCUACUUCGUAUGUUAGCUGACAAGGCCUCUGAUUUGCCCGGACGUUUCAAGAAAUUCGUCGCAUUAAUGUCGCCGGCGCGUUAAUUCCGCGCGAGUGAUCACUUUGGAAGCCAAUCGCUCGUACGCGCAAUAUCGUAAUACGCGCGUGCCCGUCAUUUCACGUUAAUCGAAUGAUCUCGAUGUGCGCACAAGUCAUCGACAGACGCGAUCCCUUCGCUUUCCUCUCGCGUCUCCAAGUUUCGUCCGUAGGGGUUUAAAGGGCGUGCGAUGUCGAUUCCGCGCAGAUAGCGAAGACAAAAGGAAAGGGAAAAGGGAAAAUGGAAGACUCGAAUCGCAUGAGCAACCCGUAAGAAGCCCCAAUCGAAACUUUCUUCUCAUCUCUGUCCGGUCCCGGCUCGAACGAGCCUCUUGCAACCCUUCACUAGCGUGGUGACUUACAUUUACGCGCGUGCAUGAGGACGUCGCGCGCGGAUAAAUCCCGAGUGCAGGCGGAAUUGUGCCGCGUGUGUCGAAAGAAAAAGGGAAAGAAGAAUCCGCGAAGCUAGAUCUCUUCUUGUGCCGCACUCUCUGCCACGCCACGCUCGAGAUAGCAUCGAGAAGCCACGAUCUUUUCUAAGUCUUAAGACUAAUAAGAGUAAUAUAAUCACGCUAUAUCCGUACCCGUAGUAAUGUAAUCUCCUUACCAGAGAGCCCGGUCCAGACGUUAGACGAUAAGAUUACGAUUCAGUAGCUUCAGCAGCUCGAAGCUAGAGCGAUCGAUGCCCACGUCGUGCGCAAAGAAAAAGGAGCACAACAGCUACUUUUAUUUCACUCUUCUACUUCCCAGUCGCGGAACAACGUCCCCGCGAUGCCUUCCUGCGACUUUAAAGUAGAAGGGAGGAAAUGUGUAAAUUCAACGGUGUCACGUGUAGAAAUUAAAUGACUGGCGAUGCAUCGGUCCCUCUACUUUCGAGGUGUCGAUCGGAGAUCCGUGCGAGAUAGGCGCUCGCACUAAUUACGACGGGGGAUGAUUCGCUCACGAGUACGCGAUGUCGUUCGCGAGCGCGUUAAAAGGCGCGCGUGCUAAAAGGACGACCGAGCGCAAAGGAAAACGAUACCAGUACCAGUAACCUGUGGUUAUGUAGUUUGUAAGGUGAAAUGUAACGUAAUGUUAAUGUGCCACCGGUGAAAGCGAGCCGCACUUGCCUGGCGUACGUCGCGCGAUCCGUGCCAGCGUACGAUUUUUCGCGCGCGUAAUGUACGCACACACAUAUGUACACACACGGGCACGCGUACAUACGCGGAGAAGCAUAUAUGCAUAUCCGUGCGCAUACACAUAUAUAAAACAAAUAUACAUAUAUACAUAUAUACAUACAUAUAUAUACACAUACGUACAUACACAUACUUGUUAUUAGUUACAUUAGAACCGUUAGAUUAGAGCAGAAUAAUUGCGAUCACGACACUUCUCUCGUUUAAUGUUAAUUAUAUCAACACACAUGCAUACAUACACAGUACACGCAUAUGCAUAUACACAUACAGAGACAUGUAGACAUACACACAUAUACCGAUAUCAAAGCAACGAUCAAAAUACGCUUGUAAAAUGCAUAUUAUUAUCGAGUA